AUGCAGACCUACAACAUCCGACUCCGUGUUCACGAGGUUGAAGAUCGCGACGAACAGCAAGUGCUUCAAAUAGAUCUUAUGAAAGCGAAGGGGGAGGCUUUUUUCCAGCUGUGGGAUACACAUAUAGGCAAAAAUAAAGAAUCCUACUUAAAGAAAAGGCGCUUGCCUAAAAUUAUGGCCUGCAUGACUAAACAAAGUCUGGAGAACUUGCGGAAUAAGGCUUUGUUUAGUUUAGACGUCCUUGAUGCAAAAGGGAUUCGAAGACGAAAACAACCUUUGCAUGAAUGUCUGAUUCUGGAGCUCAAAGAAACUGGCUAUUCAGAAUCAUCCGACUAUCUUCAAGACUUGCUUUACGAUAAUGUGCAGUUACUGGCAGAAGACGAUAUCGGCAUUGUCGUUGAUUUGCGAAAGAGAGAAGAUUAUUUGGAGCAUAUUGCCCAAGGUCUCAUGAAGGCAGAAAAAAAUAGAGAUAGAGGUGAAACUAAACAGGAAGCCUUGCAGCUACUAAGCCUGGCCAUGCAUUACGCCGAGCAGGGGAAGGGCAUUCUCUGGCUCGCUGAGAAGUUUUUCUUGGCGUCCAUAGCAGUCGCUAGCCAAUUCCUAUUGGACGGCGGUCGGCAGAAGGGGUGUUGUAAAUACCAUUACGCUAAAUUCCUGCUUGACAAAUUUCCUGGCACGGACCCGGAAGAAUCCUUUGUGAUAUUGACUGAAGUCAGGGAUAGCGCCAUAGGAAAGGACUGGUUUCUUUAUGAACCAAACGAGAAAGGCGUGGUGAUACCCCGGGACACCCUGUUCGCGGCUACAGCUCUUCAGCUGCACAGGGUUUUGCUGGACAAAGCGAGAGCUGUCAGGAAGAAAGACCCGGGGAAAGCUGAAAGAUUGUCCAGGUUGGCCGAGAGAAGAGCAAAAGAUGCUGGCGAAACAAAGAAGACAGCUGAAGCAAUAUUAGAAAUCGGCAUUUGUCAGUUGGCUAUGAACAACUUGAAUAACGCCCAAAAGACGUUUGAGAGAGCAUUCAAAAUAUAUACUGACAGCAAUAACAUAGAGGGUCUGUGUGACACAAGAAUGCAUUUAGCUGCUGUAAUGCAAAGAUUAAGAGAUCACGAAAUGGCAGCAAAACUGCUUACAGAGAUGGGUGCGCUGGCCAUGGAGCACCACCUACGGAGACAACUGGGCAGAGCAUUGCACCUCCUGGGCGAACUGCAUCUACGGAGGGAAAGACCAGAGCUAGGCACCCAACAUCUAGCUGAAGCAUUCGUUUGUUUCAUGGGAAUCUCUUCUGUUGGCUCAACUAUUUCAGGGUACAAUAUCGAUGCCUCUGAUAAUGGAAACGACAAUGAUGAAGGUGUGACGAGUAUUUACGAGAAUAAGCGACCAGAGAUUUAUGAGGAAGAAGCAGAACAGUCGAGACUCAUGAUGGCAAUUUCCGCAGGUCAAGAAAACAUGGCAUCUUACUUUCAACUUCUGAAAGAGGCAGGUGUAUGUUCUAUAGCCAAGAUGAAGAUAAUGGAAUGGAAGCUCUCACAUGCUGGCUGGUGGAUCAAGCGGCAACACCACAAUUUUUUGCCCUGCAUAUGCCCUGAACAUCAACGCACUCCACUAGAUAUUUUGAGGCAUCAGUUGCAACUAAAAGAGCAGUUGGGAAGUAAAUUCUACGAAAGUUCCAUAAGCAAAUCUGUACUUACUCGAAUGGGAACUGUAGAAGAUAUCCAAAAGCUACGCAGUAGUUACAGACAAGUACGAGAAUUAAAAUGAUUCAUUUCUUUCUGAUGUCUUUAUAUCUAAA